GUUUCUCAAGUUCUGCUACACAAAGACAUCAGUCACGUUACGAAUCAUUCCUCGCUAAUGUCUAGAAGGCCACCCCCUGAAGUGUUCCUGAGUUUCAGAGGGCCGGACACGCGCCGGCACUUUGCGAAUUUCCUCCACAUUAUGUUGACUGGUGCUGGGAUUGAUGUCUUCAUAGACGACGAAGACCUGGUGAAAGGCAAAGAUUUGUGGGAUGGGCUGAUCGAGGCAAUCGACCAGUCCAAGAUAUCGAUAGCCGUCAUCUCCAAGGACUACGCGUCCAGCAAGAGCUGCCUCAUGGAAUUGGAGCAAAUGUUGAAGUGCGUGGACAACGGGGAUCACAUCAUCAUCCCCAUCUUCUACUAUGUCGAACCAUCGGAUGUACGCUACUGCAAGGGCCCCUUCGAAACAUCCUUGCUUGGGCACAAGCACCGCCGCAUCAAAGACACGGUCAUUGGUUCCUGGAAGGCUGCUCUCCAUCGGAUCGGAAAUAUGGACGGACACCAUCUCCACGAAAAGAAUGAAGUGAUUCAUGUCAAGCUCAUAAAGCAAAUUUUCCGCGAAGUUCAGCAGAACCUGAAGAAGGAGGACCUAACGGUGCCGGACCAUCUAGUCGGAGUUGAUCCUCAUGUGCCAGGCAUAAUGGCAAAGCUAAAGGUUGACUACUGCAAUGGGAAAGUGACUAAAAUUGGGGACAAACGUGAAAAGGUGUUAGGAAUAUAUGGCAUCACCGGGGUUGGUAAGACGGUCCUGGCGAAAUAUGUUUAUAAUCAACUUCUUCAUCUGUAUGAUGCCUGUAGCUUUUGUGAGAAGAUCCAAGCCGAAAUUGAACAUGACUGCGUUUUGUCUGUGCAAAACAAGCUAAUUUCCCAUCUCCAUAAAGGAAAUGCCGAAAAGUUUGAUAGUUCUGACAAAGCUCUGAUUCAUAUUCAGAACAGGUUUCGCACCAUGAAGGUCCUCCUUCUCCUUGACGAUGUUAAUAAUGAUGAACAGCUCAGCGCAUUAGUCGGAAAGCUUGAUUGGCUUGGCCCGGGGAGCAGGGUCAUUGUGACAUCCCAAAGGCGAGACGUCCUUAAGAACAUCAAUGGUGCGGAAAGUUUUGUCCUUGAACGGAUGGAAAAAGAUGAUGCUCUGAAGUUAUUCUGUCGGCAUGCUUUUGGAAUGGAUUUUCCCCUUGAGAAAUUCAGGACUCUGUCAAAAGAAAUGGUUGAGGCUACAGACCGGCUUCCUUUUGCGCUCAAGCUGGUAGGUUCAUCUCUGUCUCUUGUCAAAAAAGAGAAAGCGUGGAAGGAAACAUUGAAUGCACUGCAAGUGGCUCCUCAUAAGAGAGUUCAAGCAGCCUUGAAGAAGAGCUAUACCAACCUAGAUAAGAAUGAACAGGAAAUAUUUCUUGAUAUAGCAUGCUUCUUCAUCGGAAAGGACAAGAGAAUCCCCUCUUACAUGUGGCAUGACUGUAAGUAUUGUCCUUAUAUAUCGAUUCCAGCUCUUGAUGUCUGGUCUUUCGUAAAAAUCGGAGAGGAUAAAGAACUAUGCAUGCAUGAAAUACUGAAGAACUUUGGCCGGGAAAUUGUCAUAAAGGAAAACCAACGUGAGCCUUCGAAGCGCAGUAGGCUGUACGACCACAAAGAUGCACUGCAUGUACUAAAAAAGAGGAAGGGUAAUAACAAAGUUGAAGCCCUCAGCCUUGAGUAUCGUCACGGAUCCAAAGGAAAUAUCAGUUUUAAAUCUGAUCGAUUUGAUGGUUUACAGAACUUGAGGUUCCUCAAGCUGGAUCAGGCUGAUAUUCAGGGUAACUUUGGGCGUCGUCUAUCGAGCUUAAGGUGGCUUGAUUGGCAAGGGUGCCCUAAGAUUUUUGACGUUCAAUCGCUAAAUCUGAAUUUGAAAAACUUGGUGAUUUUGGAUUUGUCAUGGAGUCAGGUUGACAAAGACUGGAGAGGUUGGAAGCUGCUUGUGCAGGCAAAAAAACUGAAAGUUUUGAAACUAACUGGUUGUGUCCAAUUGAUUGCCACUCCAAACUUUCCUCCUUCAAUGAAGCUGGAAAGACUAAUUCUGGAAGGUUGCCUAAAAUUAGCAGUUACCGAUUCAUCAUUUAGGAAUCUGAAGGAAUUGGUUUCUUUGAAUAUGAAGCAGUGCAGUCCUCUCUAUGAAUUGCCAGAUUUGGGUCACAUAAGAGGCUUGAAAGAGCUGGUAAUCGAUGGGACUUCGAUUGCUCGGAUUAAUUUCCAAGAAGGUUCCAUGAGGAAGCUCAAAAUUCUCAGUGCUUGCGAUUGUAAGAAACUGACUGAAAUAUCCGAUUCGAUCAGGUCCUUAAAGUCUCUCACUAAUCUCGCUCUAGACGGCACUGAAAUUGAUACCCUCUGGGAGGAUAUCGGAUCGUUGGGGGAACUGAAGACUCUGUCUCUGAAGAACUGCCGGAGGCUAUCCAGACUUCCAGAUGGAAUAGGGAAGCUCAGGUCACUGCAGUUUCUGGAUUUAUCUCACACUAUGAUUCAGAAGUUACCUCCUUCAGUCAAGGAUUUGAAAGCUAUGAAAGUGCUUAGGAUGAGGGAUACUUUCAUACGGGAGUUUCCUGAAGCUAUACUGAAUUUGGAGAAGCUGGAAGAGAUAGAUUUCUCACUAUGCCAGAGUUUAGAGGGGAGAAUCCCCUCUAAGAUUUGGAGAUUGUCGUCUUUGGCAAUCUUGAAACUGUCCGACACUAAGAUUUCUGGCCUACCUACAACUUUACACCGCCUACCUUGUCUCCAAGAACUCGACAUCUUCAGAUGCGACAAUCUCCGGAGACUAUGCAAUGUACCCUCCAGUUUAAUUGUCCGUGGGCGCUAGGAUCUGCGAGAACGCUUGCUCACGACUUGUGUGCUUAGAAGAUGUUCUGUCUAGAUUGAGAGCGUGUCCAAGAAGUGACAGUUGAUUUUUUCGUUUGACGUACGUGUUAAAGUAUGAUUGACUCGUUAGUUUCAUGUAUAGAGUAAUCAUUGGGAACCAAAAAAGAAAGAAUUCUACAUUAGCUACUUUAAA